AAAGAAACAAAUAACCAUGUAAGUAAAAAAAACGUUCUAGAAUGCAAAAAUUAAAAACCUUCAUCCUCUGUCUUUGCAGGUCGAAUUGAUAAAAUUCGAUGGUUACCAACCAGAGACCCACCAUGUCACCACACCAGAUGGCUAUAUACUGGAGAUGCACAGGAUACCUUAUGGUAGAAAUGCAAACAGCACUUCAGAUGACAGACCGGUGGUCUUUGUCAUGCAUGGUUUGAUGGGCGCUUCCCAGGGAUUCAUACUAUUGGGACCAGAGUAUAGUUUUGCUUACAACCUAGCAGAUGCAGGCUUUGACGUCUGGAUGGGCAAUGCCCGCGGCAACAAGAACUCCCGGUUCCACGUCUCCUUAGACCCUGACGAUGAAGAGGAGAAGUUCCAAUUCUUUAAUUUCAGCUUCGAAGAGAUUGGCUUGUAUGAUGUGCCAUCUAUGAUCGACUAUAUUUUGCAGUAUACCAGAAGGGACAAGCUACAUUAUAUUGGCGCUUCUCAGGGUGGUACAGUAUUCCUAGUGAUGGCGUCCAUGUUACCGGAGUACAAUGAUAAGCUCAUAUCAGUUCAUCUACUAGCAGCAGUUGGUUAUCAAAAUCAUUUUCCAGGUGCACAGCUAAGAAGAGCGGCGUUGAUGACUGAUAUUAUUUAUUCUCAAGCCUUACGCAAUGGUAUAGUGGAACUGUUCCCUCCGAACUCUGUAGAGAUGGUGCCAGGAAUAACGCCUUCACGAGAGUUAACAAACGCUAGAUGUGUUGGCAGCGAAGAGUACAGCUACAUGUGCGAACUCUUCGGUGUGAGGAGUCUUAUGAGGAAUAAUCCAGAUGACCAAGCAGGGGCAGCACUAAAACAAGUAGCUCACUACGGCCAAAACAUUAGAGACAGGCAGUUCCGUAGAUACCACCACGGCAGACAGGCGAACCAAGCAGCAUAUAAUGAAACAUCACCACCAAUAUAUGACUUGAGUCUCAUCACAGCACCAGUCACCAUGCAUUAUUCUCUAAGCGAUGACUUGUUAGAUGAAAGAGAUGCUCUAGCUAUGGUAUCUGAUAUGCCAAACGCUAAAGCGCGGAAGGUAGCAAGGGAUAGCUUUCUGCAUACAGAUUAUGUAGAGGCUUUAGAUGCUAAAGAACUGGUUACGGAUUAUGUUAUUGAAGAGAUUAUAAAAGCUGACCUCGCCGCGAGACCCGUUGAGGGAACCGUAGCAACCGCUGCACCAGUUAUAGACAACUCAACCCAAGUUACUGGUGCAGCAUCCACGAUAGUACUUAAUGUAUAUUUGGUAGUCCUAAGUCUGUAUGUUAUGUUUAAGUAAUACAAUGAGGAAGAAGUGUUAUUGUAAAUAUUUGUAUAUACUAUGUAUAGUAAAAGGAUUUGAUAGAA